CCGGUGAAGCCCAAACUGUUUGGUAGUUUAUGCGAUUUGGUGAUAAAAAUGCGUUUAAAAUGUACAUGUGUGUGUUUCCUGUGUUAUUUUAUAUCAUGCGUAGUAGAUUGGCAGAAACUGCAUACACCGACAGUAAUUCCUAGGCACCCUUAAGCAACGGGACCACGUGACCAAAGCGGGGCGGUCGAACUACAAGCCAUUUUGGGGACGGUGUCAGUUUCCACGGAGCACACACACACUGCUGCAUUUUACUGGGGGUGAAGCGGAUAUUUUGGAGGCAAAGUUAUCGGUGCCGAAGUAGGAGCCUUCCCGAGCCGAAGCCGGAGGACUGGGCUGCGUUGGAGCCGCGGAUCGGAUACGCUCGCAGCGCGCAAGCGGCGAGGAAAAGAGGAGUUUUAUUCGCACAUCUGAAAUGCGCUCCGGUCCGCCGUGCGCUCUCCGCCACUGACAGCGUCUGCAGCCUGCUUCAAGAUGGCGGCUCGGCUCCUAUUCAUUUUCUGCUGAUCGCCUCCCAACUUUCAUUGUCUAUUCGCCUCAAGACCCACCGAUCCCCAGCCGAGCCUCCAGGAUUGUUGUUCCCCUUCUCUCAACAUGCAUCGGACCACAAGGAUAAAGAUUACCGAGCUCAACCCUCACCUCAUGUGCGUCCUGUGUGGAGGAUAUUUCAUAGACGCAACGACCAUCAUCGAAUGUCUUCACUCAUUUUGCAAGAUGUGCAUUGUGCGCUACUUGGAAACCAGCAAAUACUGUCCCAUCUGUGAUGUACAAGUGCAUAAAACCAAGCCUCUGCUCAACAUAAGGUCUGACAAAACUCUACAGGACAUUGUGUACAAGCUGGUCCCCGGCCUCUUCAAAAAUGAAAUGAAGAGGAGGAGAGACUUUUACGCGGAGCACCCCGUAGAUGCGUCUAACGGAUCAAACGAGGACCGUGGAGAGGUGGCAGACGAGGACAAGAGAAUAAUCACAGAUGAUGAGAUCAUCAGCCUCUCUAUUGAGUUCUUUGAUCACAGCAGACUGGGAGGUUCAGUGGAGGACAAGCAGUCUAAAGAUCAGAAUACGGUGGCAAACAAGAGGUACCUGCAGUGUCCAGCAGCCAUGACAGUCAUGCAUCUGAGGAAGUUUCUGCGCAGCAAAAUGGACAUCCCAAACGCCUACCAGGUUGAAGUCAUGUAUGAAGACGAGCCUCUGAAAGAUUACUACACGUUAAUGGAUAUAGCAUACAUCUACACUUGGAGAAGGAACGGCCCUCUGCCGCUGAAGUACAGAGUCCGGCCCAACUGUAAGAAGAUGAAGGUGAGCCACGCGCAGCAGGAAGGCCAGAACAGCGCGAGCAGAUCCGGUCCGGAGAGCGACUCCGCCAGCGACAAAGCCGGUAGUCCCGCCGGGGCUCCGUCCACGUCCUCGUCGCUGCCAAGUCCCGGCACGCCUGCGCAGUCCCCGCACCCGCAGCUCCCGCACGGCCCCAAUAACUGGACCCCGGCCGCCCCCGCCCCCGCCGCCCCUUCGACCCCCAGCCGGUCCUUCACGCAGUUCGGCAGCGGCGGCAGCGGCGGCAGCAAACCCCGGAAGGUCUCCCUGAACGGCUCGGCGACCUCCUCCGGAUGACGCGGGGCUCCUCACCGGACCAGCCAACGCCAGACACCCGCUCAGCUAAUACUGUUUUCAUGCCAACGUAGUUCCAUUGUGUAGACAAUGUUCUCUCUAUUUCUCUCUCUCCAUUUGUUGUUCUGAAUAUUAUGGCAUCAUAUGUAAGUUUAAACGUAGCGGAAUCAGAGACAUUUCAAAAUAAAAGGACAGAGGAAGUCGGGUGGCGUGGGAAUUAAUAUGAACGCAGAUUUUGAUGUUGAUUAAAAAAAAAAGAAAGUUGGAAAGAAGGACGAGCAUUUAUCCCAAUUUAAAGCUACAUCUUUAUUUUACAGAAGUGACUGAAGAUAGACUUUUAUAUUUUCUUUUUUUUCCAGAUUAAACGUGUUUAUCAUGAUUAUUUCAUGUGUGUUGGGAUAUUUUGAAACUGUCGGUUUAAACAUGCAUGCUCAUGAUGACACUUUUCUUUUAUGGAAGAAGAUUCUGCGUGUUUGGCCCCACGCGUCUCAUUUUGACGGGUUUUUGGAAGUGUUUUCAGGCGCUGUUGGCUUCACGGGAAACCUGGAGGGAAUUCAACUUUAAAUUGCCUUUUACUGGAAAAGUUUCUUGUAGCUGCAGUGGAAUCGGAUUGCUUAUAUCCUCCACGUCUUUAACACGUUAUAAGCAGUUUUAGAAGAUCCACGUGUAAAUAGAAACAAAAUGCAUAUUUAAUCAGCGAUGAUGUUAUUCUCUUAUUCCCCCCUUUGUCCUGAGGGAAUGACUUGGGCUCCUUGUUCGGCUCCAUUUCAUGCUCAACGACAGAUGUUUUGAUGUCUCCCGUGUUUUCUGUAUUUGUAUCGCUCGAUUGUAUGGACAACUUAUUGUAUUGUUACUGUUGCACAGUAUAAAACAUCUAAAUAAAACAUUUUACACUUA